CAAAACUCUCACAAAGACAAAGAUUUUCUCUUCUUCUCUUUUCUCUCUUCCUCUCUCUCUCUCUGGAAGCUGAAAGGUAACAACAAUGGAGAACCCUCCGGAUCAAACAGAGUCAAAGGAGAUUCUUCAACAACAACCCAUUAGAAGAAGAAGAACAAAGGGUGGUCUUCUCACUAUGCCCUUCAUCAUUGCAAACGAGGGGUUCGAGAAAGUGGCGAGCUAUGGAUUGUUACAGAACAUGAUUCUUUAUCUGAUGAGUGAUUACAGAUUGGGACUUGUUAAAGGACAAACUGUCUUGUUCAUGUGGGUUGCUGCUACUAAUUUCAUGCCUCUCGUUGGAGCUUUUCUCUCAGAUUCAUAUUUGGGUCGCUUUCUCACCAUUGCCAUUGCUUCUCUCUCCAGUCUCCUGGGGAUGGUGGUUCUAUGGCUAACUGCAAUGUUACCGCAAGUGAAGCCAUCACCGUGUGUAGCAACAGCCGGAAACAGCUGCAGUUCCGCGACAUCUUCCCAAUUGGCUCUUUUGUAUACCGCAUUCGCACUUAUAUCGAUUGGAUCAGGCGGAAUCAGGCCAUGUUCUUUAGCCUUUGGUGCUGAUCAAUUGGACAACAAAGAGAAUCCUAAGAACGAGAGAGUUCUUGAGAGCUUUUUCGGUUGGUACUAUGCUUCUUCAUCGGUUGCUGUCUUGAUUGCUUUCACAGUCAUUGUUUACAUUCAAGAUCAUCUAGGAUGGAAAAUCGGGUUUGGAAUACCCGCGAUUCUCAUGCUGUUCGCUGGUAUCUUGUUUGUUUUGGCCUCUCCUCUCUACGUUAAACGCAAUGUGAGCAAGAGUCUGUUCACUGGUUUAGCUCAAGUGGUUGCUGCAGCUUACGUGAACCGGAACUUAACUUUGCCGGAUCAUCAUGACUCCAGAGAUCGUUAUUAUCGUUUGAAAGAUUCUGAACUCAAAGCUCCAAGUGACAAGUUGAGGUUUCUAAACAAAGCUUGUGCCAUAAGCAACCGCGAGGAAGACCUUGGUUCUGAUGGUUUGGCCUUAAACCCAUGGAGGCUCUGCACAACGGACCAAGUCGAGGAACUCAAGGCCUUAGUCAAAGUGAUACCGGUAUGGUCCACGGGGAUAAUGAUGUCGAUAAACGUUAGCCAGAACUCGUUUCAGUUGCUUCAAGCUAAAUCAAUGGACAGACGUUUAAGCAGUGAUUCGACCUUCCAAAUCCCUGCUGGAUCGUUCGGUAUGUUCACAAUCAUAGCCUUAAUCUCAUGGGUUGUUCUGUACGACCGCGCAAUCCUCCCUUUAGCUUCAAAGAUCCGAGGCAGACCAGUUAGGGUUAAUGUCAAGAUCCGAAUGGGAUUAGGGCUAUUCAUAUCAUUCUUAGCAAUGACGGUUUCCGCAACUGUUGAACAUUACAGAAGGAAAACCGCGAUAAGCCAAGGACUCGCAAAUGAUGCCAACUCAACAGUGAACAUCUCAGCAAUGUGGCUUGUACCGCAGUAUGUACUACACGGUUUAGCAGAGGCCUUAACCGGGAUAGGACAGACCGAGUUUUUCUAUACUGAGUUUCCUAAAAGCAUGUCUAGUAUCGCAGCUUCGCUGUUCGGUCUAGGAAUGGCAGUGGCUAAUAUAUUGGCUAGUGUGAUCCUCAAUGCGGUCAAGAAUAGCUCAAAGAAGGGCAACGUUAGCUGGAUUGAAGAUAAUAUCAACAAGGGUCACUACGACUAUUACUAUUGGAUUUUAGCGAUCUUGAGCUUCGUUAAUGUCAUCUACUACGUUGUGUGUAGCUGGUCGUAUGGUCCUACGGUGGAUCAGGUGAGGAAUGAUAAGGUCAAUGGUAUGAGAGAAGAAGAAGAUGAAGUUAUUAAAAUAUUAAACUAAGAUCAAUUGGUUGAUCACAAAAUGGUGUGUUAUAAAAUCUAUAUAUUUGU